AUGAAAGUGCAAAAGAUAAAUGUAUUAAAUAUUCAAUAUCUUAUAAGCUUUCCAAAUAGUCAAAUUAAGAAAUUUAAAUACUUUUUUAGAAGCCUAUUUAAAUAUCUCCUCCAUCAACUCCAGAAGAAAUUUAUGCAAUAUAGCCUAAAUCUAGCAGAAGCACUUUCAACAACAAGAAUACUAAUUUUCAAUCUAAUAGCUUGAACUCUUAAACUAUUCUCCAUUAAAAUAAUAAUUUUUACUUAACUUAUUUUCCAAGGAGCAUUUCUCCAAAAAAGCUAAAUGAUAAAGAAAUAUCUCCUUUGAAUUUAAAUAAAAAUACUUAUGAUAGUAAUGAUAGUCCAAAAACAAUACGCUAACCAAAUAGAAGAGCAACAAAAUUAUGCUCUAAAGUUUUGUAAAAAUAUAAAAAUAAGUAUUUCAUUUGA